CACCGGUUCAGCAAACCGGCCCAAAAAGAAGAUUCUAUUGGGGUUCGACCCACUCCUGCCUCCCGUCCGUGUGGCGGCGGCGCCCUAGCUUCGCCGCUCCUUGCCUUGAGCCGCGCCGUCGGAACUCCACCUCUCCUUGCCUUGAGUCGCGCCGCUGGAAGCCUGGAACCCGACGUCGAGCUCCGCCGCUCCUUGCCUUGAGCCGCGCCGUCGGAACUCCACCUCUCCUUGCCUUGAGCCGCGCCGCUGGAAGCCUGGAACCCGACAUCGAGCUCCGCCGCUCCUUGCCUUGAGGCCGGUGACAUCGGCCAAGAAGAAGCAUCCCCAGCCCCACGACAUCGGCCGAGAAGCAUCCCCAGUCUGCCACCCUGCAUUUAACGCCCGCAGCAGGUCAGAUUAUACUACUACUGGAUGGCCAACAGCGCCAUCGACCCGACCACUACUCCCACGCUGAGAGAGAUUCGAAAAUCCAACUCCAGCAGCUCCUCCGGCAUCCCCAUAGCGCCACGACAGCCGAGCACCACCCAGAUGUACACGCAGAUGGAGGCUAGGAUGGAGGAGCUGGAGGCCAACCAGGCGGCCCAGGACUUGGCCCACAAGGCGCAGCUGGCGGCGGUGGAGGCGGCCCACCAGGCGCACCUGGCGGCACUGACGGAGCACCACCAGCGUCAGAUGGCGGACCUGGCGAGCUUCCUCCGGACCCAGCACCAGCAGGAUCUUCCUCCCUCGCUCUUUGCUCCACCACCAGUCCCAGUGCCUGCUCCUGUUCAGCGUCCGGCUCCGUCGGCGGGUUCGAACCCGACUCCCAGCCCUCCACUGGGUGCCAGCCCUACACAGCAAGGCUGGCCAGGGUACCCGACCUACCCGACCUACCCCACGCAGCCGUUCACGUGGGGGCCUCCUCCUCCACAGUCGCAGGGCUACUCCUCGUGGCCGGGGGCGCAGACGCAGCAGGGGCCUAGCGCAGGACUAUGGCGCUACGACGCCGCGCCGUCAGGGUGGACUCAGGCACCACCACAGGCAGGGUGGGGUUCGUGGGGCGAUGGGACCCCUGGGGACGGCGCCACGAGCUAGGAGGACCUGUGGGGGGUACUCGGUGACGAGCAAAGUACCUUUGCCUCCAUCUUCUCGACUAGGACGCAUGUUAGACCCUUUUGCCCUCAUGUUGGACUUGUAGGACUUGUUGGACAUGUAUGUUGGACAUGUAUGCACUUGUUACGCGACGUUAUGUGUAUUUCGGACAUGUAUCGAUGGAUUUGAUGAUCAUGUGUGGAUUCAUGUUGAGAUCGAAUCCGAUGAUGAAAUGCGGUUUAUAUGCUAUAUUGUUAUUAUAAACGUGAUCUGUGGUAUAUAUA